AUACCGACGCAGCGGUGUAAACAUACGUCAAAAGGAGUAUCAAGACUAUCAAGGAGUAUCGCUGUACUAACCGGAGAACUUGUUUAAUCGAUAAAACUGCUACGAGAAGCUAUUUAUCAUGAUAACCGUCGUGACGAGAUCAGACGUAAUCUCAAGGCUGUCUCGCUGUUUAUUCCUCCGUAGAAUUUCGGUCAAGAAACGAGCCGUUUUCCAACCGAGCAACCCCGGCAGUUACGUUGCAGGUUAUGUCACCCAUGGUACAACACGUUUUUCAAAGAGAGAUCCACGAACGUUACUGCAAUUGUCUAUAAAAAAUCUCAGUACAGAUACUGAAAUUACGACCGAACUUAGCUCCGUGCAAUACGAGAGGAUUUGUAAUGAAACUUUGGACUCAUUAACCGAGUGCUUUGAGGAAUUGGUUGAAGAAGCAGUGCAUUUGUCAGAUGCCGAUGUAUCUUACGGAGAUGGUGUGUUGACCGUGAAAUUUGGUGAGCCGCAUGGUACUUACGUUAUAAACCGUCAAACGCCGAACAAGCAAAUUUGGCUCUCUUCUCCGAAAUCUGGACCGAAACGUUACGAUUUUGUAAAUGGCCAAUGGAUAUACAAGCACGAUGGCAAAACCUUACAUGAGCUACUUAAUAAUGAGAUACCAGCAAUUGUGAGAAGUGAGGCGUGCUUUGACAAGUGUUCCUUUAGCGGUAGAGAGAAUCAAGCUGAUAGAUAGUUCUUCUAAGAAAUAACAUUAAUAAAGGUUUAAUUACGAUUGUUCGAAUCUAUAAUUCACUUGAUAUAAUUAUCCAAUGACUAUUAGAUGUUACUGAAGAUCUGAUUUACAAAAAUUGUACAUAAAACUAAUAUAAAAAGCUGAAAGAAGAAAUUGGCAUAUAUAAGUGCUAUAUUAGCAACUACAUUAAACUUCAUGUGAGUAACUUUAAUGUCAAGUCAUAAUAUUGCAUAUUAGCACUAUAAUGGUACCUGCAUAUCCUGCAUAUUAUUUAUUUAUUAUUAUUAUUAUGCUUUAUGUUACAACAUAUACGAGAUAUUGUGAAAAUGUGAGUUAAAGAAAGCAUGCUGUUUUUUAUAUGUUAAAAUAUAUAUUGACA